AGAGUAGCAAAAAAAAAAAGCAUUGAAGCAAGCCAAGAAAGAAAGAAUAUGAGAGUACACACAAAAGAAAGUUUCUUACUUUUAUUUCUCUUGCAAAUGAUAAAAGAAGAAUCAGCUUCUUCCCCUUCGUCCUCACUCCUCACACUCCAAAACAAUGGGAUUCGAGAGCUCUUCCUCAGCCGCAAGCAACAUGAAACCACAAAAGUCCAACACCGCUCAAUACUCCGUCGACGCCGCCCUCUUCGCCGACUUCGACCACUCUGUCUACUCCGGCAAGUCCUUCGACUACUCCAAGUCCAUGAUCUCUCCUCCCAACAACGUCCCCGACGAGCACAUCACCGCUUACCUCUCCAACAUCCAGAGAGGCGGCCUCGUCCAGCCCUUCGGCUGCUUGCUCGCCGUGGAAGAGCCUAGUUUUAAGAUACUCGGUGUUAGCGACAACUGUAUCGACUUCCUCGGCCUCUCUCUCGCUUCUACCGAGUUUAACGUCAAGGGUCUGAUCGGUAUCGAUGCGAGGACUCUGUUUACUCCUUCCUCGGGAGCUUCCUUGGCUAAAGCUGCUUCCUUUACCGAGAUUUCGUUGAUGAACCCUGUCCUGGUUCACUCCAGAACCUCCCAGAAGCCCUUCUACGCUAUUCUUCAUAGGAUUGAUUCAGGGAUUGUGAUUGACUUAGAGCCUGCUAAGUCAGCUGACCCGGCUUUGACUCUUGCCGGUGCGGUUCAGUCUCAGAAGCUAGCCGUUAGAGCCAUCUCCAGGCUCCAGUCGCUUCCGGGUGGAGACAUUGGCGCCUUGUGUGACACCGUUGUGGAAGAUGUUCAGAGGCUUACUGGCUACGACCGUGUGAUGGUCUACCAGUUUCACGAAGAUGAUCACGGUGAGGUUGUUUCCGAGAUUAGGAGAUCUGAUCUGGAGCCUUACUUGGGUUUGCAUUACCCCGCGACUGAUAUUCCCCAAGCCGCGAGGUUCUUGUUUAAACAGAACCGUGUGAGGAUGAUAUGUGAUUGUAAUGCGGCUCCGGUUAAGGUUGUUCAGAGCGAUGAGCUCAAGAGAUCGCUUUGUUUGGUUAAUUCUACCCUGAGAGCUCCUCAUAGCUGCCAUACUCAGUACAUGGCGAAUAUGGGGUCUGUUGCAUCUCUCGUGCUUGCAAUAGUGACCAAAAGCAAAAACUCGAGCAAGCUCUGGGGGUUAGUGGUGGGUCAUCACUGUUCUCCUAGGUACGUACCCUUCCCGUUGCGGUACGCUUGCGAGUUUCUCAUGCAGGCGUUUGGACUCCAGCUUCAGAUGGAGCUUCAGAUAGCGUCGCAGUUGGCUGAGAAGAAGGCUAUGAAGACGCAGACCUUGCUGUGCGAUAUGCUUCUCCGCGACACCGUCUCUGCUAUCGUGACGCAGUCUCCUGGUAUCAUGGACCUCGUGAAGUGCGAUGGAGCUGCUUUGUGUUACAAGGGGAAGUGCUGGCUCGUUGGUGUGACUCCCAGCGAGUCGCAGGUUAAAGAGCUGGUGAAGUGGCUGGUGGAGAAUAAUCACGGUGAUGAGUCGACGGGUUUGACUACUGAUAGUUUGGUGGAUGCUGGAUACCCUGGUGCUGUCUCGCUAGGAGACGCGGUCUGUGGCGUGGCUGCGGCGGGGAUCUCUUCUAAAGAUUACUUGAUUUGGUUCAGGUCCAACACUGCAAGUGCCAUCAAAUGGGGAGGAGCUAAACAUCAUCCCAAGGAUAGAGACGAUGCUGGAAGAAUGCAUCCGAGGUCGUCUUUUAAAGCGUUUCUUGAAGUUGCAAAGAGCAGGAGCUUGCCUUGGGAAACCUCUGAGAUCGACGCGAUUCAUUCGCUGAGGGUUAUAAUGAGAGAGUCGUUUACAAGCUCUAGGCCUGUGUUGUCGUCGUCUGGUGGUAAUAAUGGUGUGGGGAGAGAUGCGAAUGAGCUUACUUCUUUUGUGUGUGAGAUGGUUAGAGUGAUCGAAACCGCGACCGCGCCUAUCUUUGGUGUUGAUUCUUCUGGAUGUAUCAAUGGUUGGAACAAUAAAACCGCUGAGAUGACGGGGUUGGGAGCUAGUGAAGCCAUGGGGAAGUCGCUUGCCGAUGAGAUUGUUCUAGAGGAAUCACGUGGAGCUCUUGAGAGUCUCUUGUCCAAGGCGUUACAAGGUGAAGAGAAGAAAAACGUGAUGCUUAAACUGAGAAAGUUUGGUCAUCAUCAUCCUCCUCCGGAUUCUUCUUCUUCUGAUGUGUGUGUUCUUGUUAACUCCUGCACGAGUAGGGACUAUACGGAAAAGAUCGUUGGUGUUUGCUUCGUUGGUCAAGACAUGACUAGUGAGAAAGCAAUAACGGAUAGGUUCAUCAGACUGCAAGGAGACUACAAGACUAUUGUUCAAAGCUUAAACCCUUUGAUCCCACCUAUAUUCGCAUCUGACGAGAACGCUUGUUGCUCGGAGUGGAACGCAGCCAUGGAGAAGCUUACCGGGUGGUCAAAGCACGAGGUGAUUGGGAGAAUGCUACCUGGUGGAGUCUUUGGAGAUUUAUGUAAGGUGAAGUGCCAAGAUGCACUCACAAAGUUCUUGAUCUCUCUGUACCAAGGCAUUGCUGGUGAUAAUGUUCCAGAGAGUUCGCUUGUUGGGUUCUUUAAUAAAGAAGGGAGGUACAUAGAAGCAUCCUUGACGGCGAACAAGAGUACAAACACUGAAGGGAAAGUCAUCGGAUGUUUCUUCUUCUUGCAGAUUAUCAAUAAAGAAUCGAGUUCUAGUAGCUGUUCUCAUAGCCUCGACGAGUUGGCUUACAUAAGGCAAGAAGUCAAGAACCCUCUUAACGGUAUCCGGUUUGCACAUAAGCUUCUUGAAUCCUCAGAGAUUUCAGAGAACCAAAGGCAGUUUCUGGAGACCAGUGAUGCUUGCGAGAAGCAGAUUGCAACAAUAAUCCAAGACACUGACUUGAAAAGCAUUGAGGAAGGCAAGUUGCAACUGGAAACAGAGGAGUUUCGACUUGAGAGUGUUUUGGACACAAUCAUUAGCCAAGUGAUGAUUAUGUUGAGAGAGAGGAAGUCACAACUCAGGGUUGAAGUAGCUCAGGAGAUUAAAACUCUGCCUCUCUAUGGAGACAGAGUAAAGCUUCAGCUCAUUCUUGCUGAUCUUCUGCGCAACAUUGUGAAUCAUGCCCCGUUUCCAGAUAGUUGGGUAGGAAUCAAGAUCUCAUCAAGCCACAAGCUUGCACACAACAAUAAUCCCUAUAUCCAUCUACAGUUCAGGAUGAUACAUCCUGGAAAAGGACUUCCUUCAGAGAUGCUAAGUGAUAUGUUUGAGACUAGAGAUGGAUGGGUCACGCCUGAUGGGUUAGGACUAAAGCUUUCACGGAAACUGCUGGAGCAGAUGAAUGGUCGUGUGAGUUAUGUCAGAGAAGACGAACGUUGUUUCUUUCAAGUGGAUCUUCAGGUCAAGACAAGGUUAGGUGUUGAGACCAGAGGAACAGAGGCUGGUUCAAGUAUACAGUAGAGAGACUCUGAGUUACAAAGGCAUAUAUAUAUAAUAAAAUUUGAUGAAUUUUUUGCUCCUUUUAUGGUCUGAAUGUGUUGUCAUUCAAAACAAAGUUUCCACUAUUUUAUUAUCAAUAAGAUGUAUCAUUCUUAGUCA